GCAGGCCCAGCAGCCCCGGGGCGGAUGGCUCGGGCCGCCCGGCUCCGCGGCGCGGCCCCUCGCGCCCUCCUGCUGCCGCUGCUGCUGCUGCUGCUGCUGCCGCCGCCGCCGCCGCUGCUGGCCCGGGCCCCGCGGCCGCCGGAUGCCCACCACGGCCACCUGGUGAGGAGGGGGCUGCAGUCCUGGCAUGAAGCUCGUCUCAGCAGCCCAGCACCUGCCCCGACCGCCCAGGAGGCCCCCCAGCCUGCCCCUGGCCCCAGACCUCCCCGCUGCGGUGUGCCGGACCUGCCUGACGGGCCGAGCACCCGUAACCGACAAAAGCGGUUCGUGCUGUCAGGUGGGCGCUGGGAGAAGACGGACCUCACCUACAGGAUCCUCCGGUUCCCGUGGCAGCUGGUGCGGGAACAGGUGCGGCAGACGGUGGCGGAGGCCCUACAGGUGUGGAGCAAUGUGACACCACUCACCUUCACUGAGGUGCACGAGGGCCGUGCCGACAUCAUGAUAGACUUCACCCGGUACUGGCAUGGGGACAACCUGCCGUUUGAUGGACCUGGGGGCAUCCUGGCGCACGCCUUCUUCCCCAAGACCCACCGAGAAGGGGAUGUCCACUUCGACUAUGAUGAGACCUGGACAGUCGGGGACAGCCAGGGCACAGACCUCCUGCAGGUGGCGGCCCACGAAUUUGGCCACGUGCUCGGGCUGCAGCACACGACAGCUGCUAAGGCCCUCAUGUCCCCUUUCUACACCUUCCGCUACCCGCUGAGCCUCAGCCCGGAUGACCGCAGAGGCAUCCAGCACCUCUACGGCCAGCCUCGCCUAGCGCCUACCUCUAGGGCCCCGGAUCCGGGCCCUGGAGCCGGGGCAGACACCAAUGAGAUUGCACCGCUGGAGCCAGACACCCCACCAGACGCCUGCCAGGUCUCCUUUGACGCAGUGGCCACCAUCCGCGGCGAGCUCUUCUUCUUCAAGGCAGGCUUUGUAUGGCGGCUGCGUGGGGGUCGGCUGCAACCUGGCUACCCUGCGCUGGCCUCUCGCCACUGGCAGGGGCUACCCAGCCAUGUGGACGCAGCCUUCGAGGAUGCCCAGGGCCACAUCUGGUUCUUCCAACGAGCUCAGUACUGGGUGUAUGAUGGCGAGAAGCCAGUCCUGGGCCCCGCGCCACUCUCUGAGCUGGGCCUGCUGGGGUCCCCGGUCCACGCCGCCCUGGUCUGGGGCCCCGAGAAGAACAAGAUCUACUUCUUCCGAGGCGGGGAUUACUGGCGCUUCCACCCCAGCACCCGCCGUGUGGACAGCCCCGUGCCCCGCAGGGCCACCGACUGGCGAGGGGUCCCCUCUGAGAUCGACGCUGCCUUCCAGGACGCUGACGGCUAUGCCUACUUCCUGCGUGGCCGCCUCUACUGGAAGUUUGACCCCGUGAAGGUGAAGGCCCUGGAGGGCUUCCCCCGCCUGGUGGGCCCCGAUUUCUUCGGCUGUACCAAGCCUGCCAACACUUUCCGCUAACCACGGCUUGGAUGUCCUCAGGGCCCCUGACCCCUGCCAGGCCACUGACAUCGGCUGGAGACUGAGGCCAUUGUUGUGGCUGUGGGCGCCAGGCAUGGCACGGAGCUGUGUCUGCUGGGGGGCGGGGAGGG